UUAUCUGCCGGUCUCACGAGUCUCAGGGCUGCCAUUCCCGUUCCUGGAGACCGCGGCUCCAAAGUGGCCAGUUUGCCAGUGAUCCUGGAGGGAGGCUCCGAUGAUGAGCUGCUGGGGGACUGCCAGGAGGGCCGUGGGCUCACUGCAGGUGAUGAAGAUGUUUCAAGGCCUGGAGAGCAGCCCCGAGGUCUGGCACCUUUGCAUGGAGAGCUCUCUGAGAGCUCGGCUGCAGCCCCCAUGACCCUGGCUGCUCCGGGAGGAGGAGGAGGAGGAGGUGUUCCUGGUGCUUGUAAGCCUGGCAGAUCACCUGUGCUGCCUGCUGGAAUGGGUGCUCCCAGGGUCAGUAUCCAGGGAGCUGACUCAGGCUUAGGUGUGACGUCUCAUUCUGGGGAGUGCAACAGUCAUUUUGAGAAACAGGAGCUGGAAACCAGUGCGGGUGUUGAGGAGCCUGCAGAGCGUGACCUCUCUGAGCCUUCUGCUUCCUCUUCCUCCCUCUCAAGUCCUUGCCACCCCUCCUCUUCCUCUCACUCCCUUCUGUCUGACACCCCAAGUCGUAGAGCAGAGUCUCCGAAAAAGCCAACAGCCGAGGGCUUCGCAGAUAAAGCGGGAAAUUCGGGCAAGAAGAAGCUUCUCCAGGCACGGGUUUCACCCUCUGAAACGUUCCCUAACCAAACCCUGUGGGGUGGUGAAACCGUGUCUCCCAAGCACAGACUCCAUCCUGUGAAGCCAAUGAAUGCCAUGGCAAACAAGUCUCAGAGUAAGAACCUGAAUGUCAUCAGCACCAUGAACGAAAAACUGCUGGAAAUGAGUGUGAAG